CAGCUGCCGCAUUGGGGGUCGGAACACCGACUCCAACUUGUUUAGAUGUCUGAAGGCUCGGGGGUGGGCACCGUUGCUGGUUGGCUGAUUCUCGGUCCGGAUAUUUACAAGUCGGACGUCGACUUCUUUUCAAGUCAUGUAGAAAUAAGGAUUUGCAUGACGUGGAUUUGAUGAGUUUCUCCGUUGUGAUUUCAAAAAUGUGGGGAUCCUGCCCUGGCUGAUGCGAUAUCUCCGACUUGUCAGCUUGCACUUCUCUACCGCACCGCGAUUGGGGAGUCUUGCAACAGCCUGUGUAUUGAGAUAGGCUUUGGUUUCAAGGACCAUCAUCUUGCUACUGUACGUCAUGACUGAACGGUAUUCUAACAGAGCUGACUGCUGAGCUCUGAGCAACGCAAGCUGCUGUUAUUCCUCUCCAACACUAGUCUAUUGUUCCCGCUGUACCGCAGUCUCAACACCUAAUCAGAACACAACACCUAACCAGAGGUCAACAUAUCUUGGGCAGAUGCAUUUGAUCCUAUCUAGAUGAAUGCAUCCCACUAAUCUACUGUUAUUAAAAGAGAUAUCUAUUUACGAUCUGUGAGAAGACAAUGUAGAUAGAUGGGGUCUUUUGCAAAUUAGCUAUUGCUCAGAACUGAAUACUCGAUGCGCACGCCACGUAUUAGCAUGAUGCAUUGUAGCAUAUCUUCCGCACUUCACCUGACGUCUCUGGGGUGAAACUGCAGGCUCUGGCUGACUCUUCACACGAGGUGAAGUGUCCUAGGCAGCUAGGCUGCACCUGUCCUUCGUUAGCAUUCCCUAAGGCGACGUGACGCUUACUUUCUAGUUUGUAGUUCACUGCGCCUUCACCCAUUCACACAGGGUGACUAGUGAAACGUAGGUCUUGGCUUGAGAGCUUUCCAGAAGCGCGUCUAUAAACAACGCCGUCUCUGAGCCCGACUUUUGAUUUUGCCCGGACAGCAACAAAGCCGUACAGCCAAGGCACUACCCACACACGAUCAAAUAUGUACGUAUACCAAAGCAUCUUGAAGGGAUAGUGACCCUAAUGUAUUGCAGGGAGUUGCAGUUUGAUCCUCCACCUCGCAGGUCAAGGGAUCCAGCUACCUGGGACAAGCUGAGGACCGCGCCUUCGGGCAGCACGGACUUCCCAGGUAACGCCAACCUGACAGUUGUUGAGAUUGUCACGUUUUUCCCGCGAUGGCUCAAGACUUGGGAUGUCAUUGACCGCAUGGCGUCUAACGGGGCUACUUGCUCCCUGCUCGCUUUCAUCAUCAACAAGCACCGUGAUACGGGCACCGAAGGCUUGGUUGGAAACUCGCUGCUCAAGAUGACCCAAAACUCGAUGCGAUCCCGCUUGCCCACCCAGCUCUACGCAGGAUGGACCUUCUCGAACCACACGGUUCCUCCGUACUGGGAUCAUUCGAAAGUCGACGUGACUGGCUUUCGUUCUGUCAAAGAGACGCACACCUACUUCCGGAGGAUCCCCGAGAAGCCGGCCUGGGAGGGCCAGUUCAAGGACCUCGCCACCGCCGUCACGAUGAUGCCCAGCGGUGACGAUGCUCUUGAUCUAACGCGCUGCGUGGAGUACCAUGUGCAGCAUCCAGACGAGGAAUGGAAUUACCCGCAGGACUACGAGGAGUUUGUGGAAUUUCUGGGUGGAAAGGCUACGGUCACCCUGGAGCAUUCUGAUGGAGCGGCUUUUGCGCGCUGGGCUCGCCAGCGACAGCUACAGCAACCACCUACGAGCCAGCUUUCUAGGCCUUCUUCUCGUGUCUCUCGUGAUAAGUCAUCUAAGAAGUCGGAUGAUACGCUCACCGACGUCAUCGACUUGACGGGAAAUAAACCGAUGACCUUUGUCAACUUCUUCGCAAACGAGAAUCCGGAAGUCAAACUCUCUACUCAAGAUGGACAGGACGCUGAAGCCGCCGAUAUUUGUACCCGAAAGGGACAGGGUUCUCAAGCCGUCAAGUUCCGUGUCCCAAAGAGCAAAAAGAAGCUUUCCAAUCGCGUUGCCAAGAUCAACAAGUCACUCGCUCCAGUAAUCAUCGAUGAUCCAGGAUCGGAUACCGACUGGAGCACUACUGAUGACGACAGCGACGAGUGGGAUACAACCGACGAUGAAGAUGAAGAUGACAUUGAGACGCCCUCCCAGCUGCGCAAUUCCAGCUCGUCUCCCACAAUCCACGAGGACUCUUUCGCAACAGAAGCCAAUCAAGACUCUGAUAGCGGCGCCGCGCAGUCCCCAGCCCACAAGAAAUUGAAAACCGGAGGGGACGAAGCUAGCCGCCAUGAGAACGCGCAGCAGGGCAAGAACUGGGUCGCCGUGGACCAUGUCGCGGAGAAAGAGUGUAAGCCUCGCGUCCGAAAGGAACCCCGCCGACCAUUGAGUUGGGUUCCCAUCAAUCUCCUCGACAACUUUGACGAUUCUGACAAUGGUGGCGCUGCGCUUCAGGACUAUCUGGCUUUCAAGGCCCAUGGAGCCGCCGGCUUGUACAUGAGCAAGGGAAAGUAGAUGACAGGUGAGAAAUUGUACACUCUGGAUGUUUUGGGGGUUUACGGCUGACAUUUUCUCCAAGGACACACUAGUUGGUGCAUUGCUCUCAGAUGUGUUCUGUUGAUGCACUGGAGUGAUUUGAGGUCAUUGAGAUUACUGAUUACUGGAAAGGGCUUGACGACUAUUAUGUCAAUACCGUACUCUCUUUUUUUGUUGUGUGUGCAAGAACAAAUGUUUGCUUUCGAACAGACGAACUCGCACAUACACAGCAGCUGUUUCCUUGUCACCAUGAUGCGAACUUUGAAUCUUGUUUGAUAAGCAUCAAUGUUUUUUGUGGUUUCCGAGGAGGCUCAAGAUUCGUUUGGAACAGCGGGUUGGGCUUGGUACGUUGUAUACAGCAUUUGCCUCUCUCCGCUGCAAGAACAAGCGUAUUCAUUUGCGGC